AUGGAUAAUAAUUCAGUCGUACUAUCUCAAAUGCCAGUACCAAUUGCAAUUGGACCAUGUCGACCACUUUGUGAACGGGUACAAAUGAAAUGUGAACCGUUGUUGAAGGAAUUUGGCUUUCCAUGGCCAUUUUCAAUGAAUUGCUCGAAAUUUCCGCUCGAAAACAAUCAUGAUGCGAUGUGCAUGAAAGGUCCAGCUUCGGAAGAGGAUGGUCCGCAGUCGAUACCUGAGGAACUGGAAUCAGAUGUGGCCAAGAAUGUGAUCACAUCAAAUCGUUGUGUGCAACAGCCGAGUACAAUUUAUAUGAAUCGAACUGGACAUUGUGUCCCAUUGUGUCAUUCAAAUAAUGGUUAUACAAAGGAUGAUCGUGAAGCAGCUAGUACAGCUUUAUUCAUUAUGUCAUUACUUUGUACUGCUUUAACAUCCGUUUGCUUGCUAACAUUUUGCACUCGGAAACAUUGUUUAGUUGGCAUACCGGAAUUAUCACUCCUAUUUUGCUCCAUAUCAUUUUCCGUUUCUGCUAUUGUUUAUCUCUUUUCGCUGCUCUAUCGUGAUCAGAUUUCCUGUAUCGAAUAUAAUUCGAAACUCAUUUUUGUUGUUACCGGAGUUCAACAUAUACCAUGUACAGUUGUUGCCAUUCUUCUGUACUAUUUUGGAACAACCGGUAGAUUAUGGUGGUUUGUAUUGUGCUGCACAUGGAAUAAGUACACCCAAAGGCAUCAACAAAAUUCGGAUUCGUUAUUACUUCGAACUCAUAUGCUCGCUUGGGGAAUACCAUUGGGUGCUGUAAUUUUGGCUUUAAUGGCACAAAGUGUUCGAGCUGAUCCAUUAUCGGGUAUUUGCUUGGUUGGUGGCGGAAAUCGUACCAUUGAAGCGGCAUUUGUUUCGCUACGUGAAUUAAUCCUUCUGUUAUGCUCAUUAGUACCAUUGUUUUUCGGUUGCCUGGCACUAAUUGGUUCCGCUCCAGCUACUGAUCAUUCUGUUGCAUCAGCUGGUUUACUUGGAAGUUUAUAUCCGAUGGCUGCUGCAUUCUUGUUGCUCAGUUCUCUACAGUAUCUUCUAACACCUACAGUAACCGGAUGGAAUACUGUAACAGCAAUAAAACUUUUAGCUGAUCCAUUACUUGGAAUAUUAGCAUCAGCAGGAUGUUUCAUUCAAAUUCUUUUCAAUAUUUUUAAAGCAAAUCGUUUGCAACUUUUGGAUAAGAAUGGUUAUCAACCGGCUGUACCACGAAUACCUCAACCAGCAAUUCCAUCACAUACUACGCCAGCAAGCAAUGCUUAUUCAUUGUCCAGGUAUCCGGAACAGAGACCACUUUGUUGA